AGCUGUUGAGGGGCGGGGCCUUUGCAGACAAUGGCGGGUGAGCUUGAGAGCUGCAAACCUCUGGGCGGGCUGCUGAGCGGCCUGGCCCAGGAGGCUUUCCACGGGCACCCGGGCAUCACGGAGGAGCUGCUGCGGAGCCAACUCUAUCCAGAGGUGCCACCCGAGGAGUUCCGCCCUUUUCUGGCAAAGAUGAGAGGGAUUCUUAAGUCUAUUGCAUCUGCUGACAUGGAUUUCAACCAGCUGGAGGCGUUCUUGACUGCUCAAACCAAAAAACAAGGUGGGAUCACAUCUGACCAAGCUGCUGUCAUUUCCAAAUUCUGGAAGAGCCACAAGACAAAAAUCCGAGAGAGCCUCAUGAACCAGAGCCGCUGGGACAGUGGGCUUCGGGGCCUGAGCUGGAGAGUUGAUGGCAAGUCUCAGUCAAGGCACUCAGCUCAGAUACACACUCCUGUUGCCAUAAUCGAGCUGGAAUUAGGGAAAAUUGGACAGGCAGUAAGAAGUACCAAGAAGUACAUUGGCAGAAAAAGCAUUGGAAGCAAAAGCAAGAUUCAUGUAAUGCAGUGGUUCACAGCAUCAUUAUGUAUCAGAUUCACUUGAGGAGCUUAAAAAAAAUUAUGGAUUCCCAGACCCCACCUCAAAAUGUGUAUGUGAUGAUAAUUAGGUAAAAUGGGAUCUCAAGAUAAAGAAGGAAAAAAAAUUUAAAAAAAGCUUCAUCCUUCGUGCUGUUAACAAGAUUAGGUAUUCAGAAAUGAAUGGAGCCAAUAUUAAUAUUCCACUUCAAAAAAUAGUAGAAAUGAGUUUACAUGAAGUUCUGACAGUCUCUAUUCUACAUUGCCAUUUUUGUUCCUCAUUUAUGACACUUCCCUUUUCUUUCAAAAAAUUUUUAUUGUAACGUGUUCCAAAAUUUGUCUGCCAAACCCAGGAAUAACUAAUAAAAAUCAGUAUUGUUGGGGGUAGAGAAAUGAGGACACCUCUUAGGGGGCUGGUACUGUGGUCCAGGUGAGAUAAUAUUAGCAAGAAAGAUGGAGAUAAUUUUAACAGUCAAAGUGAAGGGAAGUGAACAGAUAGAAGAUAAGUUUUGAAUAUAGAUUAGUUGCUUUGAGAUAACUUGGAAGGGAUGUAGGGAAUUAGAGAAAGUGAGGAAUUGGGAAUAACUCCUUGUUGUUUCUUGCAUGAAUAUGUUAGUAUAAAUUGGUAAUCCUAUAGACUGAGUUGUGCCAAAAAAAAAAAAAAAAUUGGUAAUCCUAGUGACCUAAUCAUUGUAAAACAGUCUUAUUGCUAAGUUGACCAUAUAAUAUACAACUUGAGUUUUUUGAUUGCUGUAUUUAGCCCUUCUAAGAAAUUAUUUAACAUUUGGCAGUUAAGAAAAUGCUGUUUGUACUGAAGUAAUUUUAUUUUUAAAUUUAUAAAGAGAUGCAUUUGAAAUUACUGAACUUAAAUUUUUCCUUAAAGGCUUAAAAAAAAUAAUUGUUUCUUAUGAUGUACCCUUUCUAUGUGUAUAUUAUACUUCAAUAAAAAGAUUUAACGAGGGAGAAUGAGAGAUAAAUGUCAUUGCAAACUCAUUGACCCUUUGCGAAUAGGGCUUUGGCACUGCUGAAGUCCUCCCGCCUCUGACUAGUGCCAACACGCAGCCCUGGUGUCGGACUUCUUUCAGCCAUUCAGGCUGUCUGUUUUAUU